AUGGUCAAAGAAGAGGUUUUCAACGUCGAGGAUAACCCGUACAGUCGGGUUACUCCUGAGCAUCUGCCCGAGUGCCUCAACUCCAAGACGAAGCAGCUUGAGCUGGCCAAGGCUAUGGCCAACGUCUUCAGCGAGCAGGGCGCCAAAGCCACAGGUGCCACCUUCUGCAAGCACCAGGGAGUUGACAGCAAGACUGUCUUCGUGUCCAUGAACGAAGGAACAGACAUCGUCAUCCAGUUCCGCCUCCGCUCUCUCGACACCACCCCUUUUGAGCGCGCCAGAAGCUGCCCCGGAUUCGACCAAUACGUCCCCAACAUCCGGCUGGUAGCCGUCAUUACCGACCCAAGGGACUUCAACAAGAAAUCCUGGAUUUACGCAUCCAACCGCAUUGUUGGCAAAACCUGGACGCAGGUUGUCCAGGAACAGGGUGUCCAUAUUCUCCCUAAGCUAUGCAACUCACUCGGUCGCGCCCUUGCCAAGGGCUACAUCAAGGACAAGAGCCACGAAGCAGUUGUCACACGGGUCCUUCCCUUUCUGAUCCCUUUCUUGUUCACCCUGGAGCCUGAGAUGAAGCCCUACAGAUCCCUGGCCAUGGAGAUCCUGCGUCACCAAGACAAGAUCAGCGAACUUCCCCUGUUCAUGGCCCAUUCCGACCUCUGGGCCGGUAAUCUCAUUGUCAACCCCGAUACCCACGAGGUCAUGGGCAUCGUUGACUGGGAGGAUUCGUUCCCUCUGCCCUUCGGCAUCGGCCUGCACCGUAUCCAGAUGGUCGCCGGCGAGGACUUCAACUCGAACUGGCAAAUCCCCAACAAUUUUGAGGAGUCUGAGAGAGCUUUUUGGGCUGGAGUCAUGGAUGGAAGCCCCGAGCACCGCCAGAAAGAAUUUCAGGAGAAAGCUCACAUCAUCGACCUUGCUGUUAAGAUGGGCGCUCUGACUGCCGGGUUCGUCUACCAAUACGACGAUAAAGGAAACCUGAUCCUCAAGCGCGAUAGCGAGACAGGCAGUCCUCUCGUCAACGGCACUCUGCCCUUCUUGUUGAGUUAUGAGAUUCCUUUCCGCCGCGGAAGCGACAAGGGGCCGUACCCCGAGGGAAUCGAGUGGCCUUUUGAGGGAGACGAACAACGCCAGUAUAAGUGGAUCUGCGAGUUGCACGAGGAGUUGGGCGAUGCAGGCAAUUUGUUCGACUGGGGUAUCUCGGACAUGGUGGACAGACUCGAGGAUUUGCUGGUAUUUAGCUUCUCAGUUAUACCAAUGCAGUGCCUUAAGCUACCAUCAUCUCUGUUUUCUGAAUCUUCCAAAGCCUUCUCCAAUUAUGUGAUGCUGCAGGCGUGCAGGACUCCUGCCAUGCACAUGCACCCCCGCCAACUCUCAACCCUCUCAACCCUCUGA